AUGGUUGAACUGGAAAAUCUUCUAGACACACAACCAGAGUUAGCACAAAAUAGUGAGGGAGGAGUUGCAUGGGAAGGUGAUGCAUUACAUCGGGUGUUGGGAGAAGAAAAAGCUGGACAAGUGCACGGCAUGGGAUUGCUUCCAGUUCCUAAACAAGUUUAUGGUCGAAGAACACACCAUUUUAAGAAUAUUAAUAUAGUUUCACUAGAUGACUCAUCAUCUGAUGUAGAGACUCACAUGUUGGAGGAAAUAAGGCAACUCAAAGAGCAUUCUAGAAUGCAAGACAAAGUUAUUGAAGAACUAAAAAACAAUCAAAGGCACCAUGAGAACCAAGAAGCAACAAUGGGAAAUUGUGCUAGGAGUGAUCACAACAAUUCUCAGAAUCAAGCGGUGCUCUCUAAAAGAAAGAGAGUUCACUGUGUUGCACCCAACCAGAAUGAUGGAUUCCUUGAACACAGGGAUGAAUUGAAUAAAGAAACAUGUGAGUCUGAAUAUAGUGAUGAUGACAGUCUACUUUUAUCCACCACAAGUAAAACAACAAAGAAACAAAAGGGUCAUCAUGGAGGGCCUGGAGAGACUAUGAACAUUGCACACCAGGAGGUGGCUCAUGACAAGGUUACAUGCAACAAGCGUCAAGCACCUAAACAACUUCCUAUAAUGAAGAUUGGGUUCAUGGUGCUACUAAUGACUUCAAAAUAUCCUAAUAAGGCUAAUGUGGCCUAUGCAACUCUCUUGAGCACUGAUCCAGAAGCCAUUGUUGGUGGAGUUAAGACAGGAAGCCAACUCUACAAAGUGCGUAUCGAUCAUGCUAUAGCAAAAGAUGAGCCAUUAGUGAGGCCUAGGCCUGGGUGCAACAAUAUUGGUGAUGCUCAAGCCAAAAGAGUCUCAAUUGCUUGGCCUUCGAUGUUUGUUCAAAUGAUUAAUGGUUGA